UGUAAAUUAUUUCAUUCUUUGGUUAUAAUUUCUAUGAAUGAAUUGUUUUGUUUAAUUCAGUUGGUGGAGUUGAAGAAUGGAGAAACAUACAACGGACAUUUAGUAAGCUGUGAUAACUGGAUGAAUAUCAAUCUUAGAGAAGUUAUUUGUACUUCAAGGGAUGGAGACAGAUUUUGGAGGAUGCCAGAAUGUUAUAUCAGAGGAAGCACUAUAAAAUACUUAAGAAUUCCUGAUGAAGUUAUAGACAUGGUCAAAGAAGAGGUCAUCCAAAAAUCAAAGGGUCGUGGUGAGAUGAAAGGUCGUGGUGGUGGUCAGAGAGGUCGUGGAGGCAGAGGAGCAUUUGGUCGAGGAGGUGGUCGAGGUGGUGGCGGAGGCCGUGGAGGAGGAGGAGGAGGUGGGGGAGGUAACAGACCUGGUAAAGGAAGAGGAGAAUAAUACAUGUUUCUAUUUCUGUGAAUAUUUUGUGCACAAGAACUAAAUAAUGGAAAGAAAUUGUGAAAACAUUGUAAUGUUACAGUUAUUAGUUGCCAUUGAAAUGUGCUAAGAUAUAAGAUGCAGAUCAAAUUGUGUUCUAUAUACUAUAUAUACUGUAUAUAGGCAUUCAACAUGCUAGAGGACAUUUGUUGAUCAGGUUUAAGAUUUGUUUUUUGUUUAACUUUGAAGAAAGUCUAAGAAAUAUUGAUCUGAAUUCAAUUGUUUCUCAUUCAUGACCAUUUUUCUUUAGUCAGGAUUUUGUUGAAGAUCUAUAAUUUAUAAAAUCAAAUGUUAAUACAUGUAGAUGUAAUUAAAUAUGAAUUUAAAAGAGAGCAUUAUGAUGAUUAAGAUGCACCAUAUAAGCCUCAGAUUUGUCUAACAAUAAAAACAACAACAGCAAAACAAUAAGGUAAUGUUAAUCCUGAGAUUACUUCAUAUUUUGAUAUCAACAACUUAACAAUUGAGCUGUGUCACGACAAAACCAACAUAGUGGGUUUGCGACCAGCAUGGAUCCAGACCAGCCUGCACAUCCGCGCAGUCUGAUCAGGAUCCAUGCUGUUUGCUUACAAAGUCUAUAACAAGUAGAGAAACUGAUAGCGAACAGCGUGGAUCCUGAUCAGACUGCGCAGAUGCGCAGGCUGGUCUGGAUCCAUGCUGGUCACAAACGCACUAUGUUGGUUUUGUCAUGACGCGGCUCAUUUAUUUUUUAUUACCUGGUAGGAUGUACCAGAAAUGGACCUUACACAAAGAUUAAAAAUUGAUUAUAGAAAAUGUAUGUACUAUAGAUCUAUUUAUAUACCGCAGUGUUUUGUGACUUCCCAAAAUAGUUUUUUGUUUGUGUUAUAAGCAACAAUUCAAAAUACAGAUAUCUAAUUAAUGCAGAAUAAUUGACAAACUUCUGAAUGGUUGUUUUGGUGACAAAACGAAAUUACACUUUUUUAUCGAAAUUUCGUUUUCUUUAAAGUAACAUGGAAACACAAACACCAUGAUUUUGGGG